AUGCCAACUGCCACUUCACGACCAGUUGCUCAAGGUGCAGUCGUCAUAGUUCACCCGUUGGUGCUUUUGUCUGUUGUCGAUCACUAUAAUCGUGUAGCCAAAGACACCUCAAAACGAGUAGUAGGCGUUCUCUUGGGUCAAAAUAAUGGUAAAACCGUAAAUGUAGCAAACAGCUUUGCUGUUCCAUUCGAGGAAGACGAAAAGGAACCAUCGGUAUGGUUCUUGGAUCAUAAUUAUGUGGAAUCUAUGAACGACAUGUUCAAAAAAGUCAACGCGAGGGAAAAAAUGAUCGGCUGGUAUCACAGUGGACCAAAACUUCGAGCAUCAGAUUUGGAAAUCAACGAAUUAUUCAAAAGAUACACUCCAAACCCCGUUUUAGUAAUUGUGGACGCAAAACCCAAGGACAUUGGUAUACCAACGGAUGCAUACUUCGCCAUUGAGGAGAUAAAGGAUGACGGUACUGCUACCACCAAAACAUUUAUGCAUGUUCCUUCGCAAAUCGAAGCGGAAGAGGCGGAAGAGAUAGGAGUCGAACAUCUUCUACGUGAUAUCAAAGACAACGCCGUUGGCACACUUUCUACCCGUGUCACCGACCAAUUAAAUUCAUUGAAAGGUCUUUGGUCUCGGUUAGAAGAAAUACGAGAUUAUCUCCAAAAAGUUGUCAACGGCUCUUUACCUGUAAAUCACCAGAUAAUCUAUAAUCUUCAAGAUAUCUUUAAUUUACUACCGAACCUUAAUGCGAGCGAAACAGUAAAAUCUUUCUCCGUCAAGACAAAUGAUCAGUUACUGGUAAUUUACCUGUCUUCCUUGAUUCGGGCCGUCAUUGCACUUCAUAAUUUAAUCAACAAUAAAAUCGAGAAUCUGAAAGGGGAAAGUGUUCAAGUUGAGGAAGAAAAGAAGGAUGAGAAUAAAAUAAAGGAAACAACAAAAGAUUCGAAAGAAGCAAUAGAUACAAAAGAAACCAAGAAAUAA